AUGAAAGCCAAACACAAAUUUACAAUUGAUGAAACUAGAUAUAUGAUAAAAGGCUUAUUAGAAGGAUUAGCUUAUAUGCAUUCUAAAAAUAUAAUGCAUAGAGAUUUAAAGCCGGAAAAUUUGAUUUUCAAAAACAAUUCUUCAAUAGAUUUAGUUAUUGCUGAUUUAGGUUUAGGAACUAGAACUGAUGUUAAUAAAUUUAUGUUUGUUAGAUGCGGUACUCCUGGUUUUGUAGCUCCUGAGGUUAUUAAUAUUACUGAUUUUGAUUUAAAAUAUGAUUCGGUAUGUGAUUUAUUUUCUUUAGGAUUAAUUUUCCAUAUUUUACUUGUUGGAAAAUCGCCUUUUAAUGGAAAAACUUAUGAAGAAAUUCUUGCUUAAAAUAGAGCCUCAAAUAUCAUUUUAGAAGGCACUGGAUAUCUAAAAUUGCCUUUAGAAGCAUAUGAUUUAUUAAAAAAAAUGUUAAUAAAUGAUCCGAAAAAAAGAAUUACAGCUAAAAAAGCUUUAUAACAUCCCUUUUUCUAAGAAGGAAAAUAAGAGUCAUAAGAGGGUGAGAAUUUAACAGAAUAAGAUAAAAUUAAUAAACUUGAUAUUAGAUAAAAAAUGUAAAUUGCUAAUUCUCCUAUGCCUUCUCCUUAAAUUAUACCCACUAAAGGUAAAAAAAUAGUUAAAGAUGAAUAAGGACCUUUCAAAAUGCCAAAUACUCCAGUUUUAACAGGGCGAACUGAUUAGGUUUCUAAUGAAGGGGGAUUUAAUUCUCCUAGUAUCUAAAUUGAUUAAAGAUAAAUUAAAACAAUGGAAAAAUGCUCCUAAGCUGCUAAAGCCAGCCUUUUUUCACCAAAAAUUACUUUCGGAAAUAAAAAUAUUAGUAAAAUGAAUGAAUAAAUAUAAGAAUAAGAAGAGGAUGAAAGAAAAGUAGAUAAUAAAGGUUAUAAUGCAGAUAAUUGCUAAAUAUGUGAAAAAAGUUUAAGCAUAUUAAUGAAUUAUAAUGGAAUUAAAAUAGUUAAAUUUCCGAAAAAUGGAGAAAUUCAAUGA